AUGACGACUGCAUUUCCUCUUCUCCGUCUUCCGUACCUCGUACUUAUGCCUGUCUUGGAACAAAUGGAAUUUAUGGAAAGAAUCUCGUUGUCGAUUAUCUCCAAACGAGCCAGAAUGUUCGUGAAACUACUCAAAAUGAAGUGUAAGCAUAUCAAUUUAACUCUGACGGGUAACAAAAUCGAGAUGAGAGUGUUUUUUGAUAAUAGUAAAGAACUGACAUUGGAUAUGUAUGUCAAUGGACAUACACGAAUAAGUCUGAAUUAUUACUAUUACAUCGCUUGGUGGCCUGGUCCCCUAUCUCCAAUGGACUACGUCUUUCCGAUCAUGGAAGUCACUCACUGCAAGUCGAUUAAACAAUUGACACUCGCAAGAGUAUCUGGAUACGGUACUACUAUCCCACUCCUCGCAAAGCUUUUGAAAAUUGAUGAAGUCAUUGUCGAGGACACCACUUCGUACAGUUUUUCUCCGGAAUCACCGCUUCAAAACGUUUUGAAAAUCGUUUUGCCCGUAUCUUCUGCAGUUACUAUUUCCGCUUAUGCUGAUAGAACAUACCUCCGAGAAAUUUUCAAAGGGAAUUUUGAGUCUGUGACUUUGAAAAACUAUUGGGGUGAAAUCAUGCCAAAUUUCGACAUGAAGUUGUCUCUGAACGAUUUGAGAAUGACAAACGUUAAGUCACUCGAGCUUCCCUGCACUGUCUUCAAAGUAAAAAAACUCAACCGCUAUUUCAAGUUGUGGAUGAAGAAGAAAUGUAAUGAUCGACUGGAAUACUUGAGAGUGACGACAGGGAGAUGGGUCAAUAUAAAAAUAAAGCCACUUCUGAAAGGACUCAACGCUGUUCAAAUUCCCAUUAGAACAGAUAAAACAUUCCGGAGUUUGGGGAAUAUAAAACAGUUCAACUCGGAGGACUCAAAUGAGGAGAUUACUAAAGAAUUUGAUAUAACAAGAGCCGACGGGAGACAAGCAACAAUCAGAAUUUCUGAUUACGGAACAAUUAGUUUCUACGUUUGGCCAAAAUCUACUAAUAAAACAACGAAUCUUGAGCUAAAUCAGUCUUCAUUCACGCGUAAAUUUUCUCGAAUUUCUAAUUUUUACAAUUCAUGUAUUGAACGUUUCAAAUAA